GGAGUAGUUAUGAAGCCAACAUUCACAGCUAUUUCUCUCUUGUGUCUUGAUAUUUACAAUUGAUCUUUUAAAAAGUGAGACAUAAAUGGCUCCACAAAAAAAUGUUUUCUCAAAUAUUCUGUUUUCCAUAGUAUUAAUCUUCAUUAUUUAUUACAACUCGUACUGUUGUCGUGGGGGUACUACUACUACUUCACUAGACCUACAUCCCACAGAUGAACAACCUAGUGAUAGUACUAAUGAACAAGGAGAAAUCCUCAGGUUCCGUGGCAUUAACAAUGGCCACAAAAAGAUUUCCGCUAAAAGGAUGAUGAGUGUUGCUGACUUUGGAGCUAAAGGUGACGGUAAGACAGAUGAUUCUAAGGCUUUUUUGAAGGCUUGGAAGAAAGCUUGCUCCUCCAAAAACGCUGUUGAUCUUGUAAUACCUAGGAAGAAAACUUAUCGCCUCAAACCCGCUACAUUUAAAGGUCCAUGCAAAUCCAAUAUUACAAUUAAGAUAGAUGGAGCCAUCGAAGCUUCUGCAGAUCGAUCAGAUUAUAAAAGGGAUGUCAGACAUUGGAUUAUCUUCAAGAAGAUUCAAAAUCUCGUAGUUGAAGGUGAUGGAACAAUUGAUGGAAAAGGAGAUAUUUGGUGGAAGAAUUCAUGUAAAAUUAAUAAAUCUCGUCCAUGUACACAUGCGCCGACGGCUUUAACCUUCAAAGAGUGCAACAAUCUAACUGUGGAAAACAUAACCAUAAAAGAUGCGCAGCAAAUGCAUCUAAGUUUUCAAAAAUGUAUGAAAGUUGAAGCUCACAAUUUACUGAUAACUGCACCAGAAAAAAGCCCGAAUACAGAUGGUAUUCAUGUCACGCGAACUCAAAAUAUCACUAUUAUCAACUCUGUUAUUGGUACAGGUGAUGACUGCAUCUCUAUAGUUAGUGGGUCUCGAAAUGUACAAGCAACUAACACUACGUGUGGACCAGGCCAUGGAAUAAGUAUUGGGAGCUUGGGUUCUGGAAAUUCUGAAGCCCAUGUUUCAGAUGUGAUCGUAGAUACCGCGAUAUUCAAUGGAACUACAAAUGGUGUUAGGAUUAAGACUUGGCAGGGAGGGUCAGGAAACGCAGGCAACAUAUCUUUCCAAAACAUAGUUAUGUAUAACGUCAAGAACCCAAUAAUCAUUGAUCAGAACUAUUGUGAUCAAGAUGAUCCUUGCGAUGAACAGGAAUCGGCUGUUCAAAUUAGCGAUGUAAUAUACAAGAACAUAACAGGAACUAGCGCUUCAGAAGUUGCUGUAUAUUUUGAUUGCAGCAAGAAUUAUCCAUGUCAAGACAUAGUUUUGCAAGAUAUAAAUCUAGUGAGAGAUGAAGAUGGAAAAGCAGCUACAUCUUCGUGCAAGAAUGUCAAAUUGACUCAAGUCGGAAAAGUUUCGCCUGGUUGUAGUAGGGAUCAACUCAAAGAAUGGUUUCUUAAGAGGAUAGAAGAGGAAGAAGAAAAAGAAGAAGAUAUUUUCCAUGGCUAUGACCAAGUUGUCUAUUACACUAAUCAUUAAUCGAUAUCAUGCGGCAAAUUAAUUAGAAGUAAUUAUGAUUGGUUGAACACUAAGUAUAAAUUAAAUAAAUAAUUAUUAAAUAUAAAUUAAAUAAUUAAUUAUUCAUUAAAGAAAUUAAUAAAUAAUUUUAAGUGUGAUCAACAAUUUAAUAAAGGGAAAAGGACACAUUGAAAGAAAA